UUUUCGGUUAUUGGUAUUCUCCACCGAGCUAAUGUGGAGAGUGAGUGUUAAUGGUAUUGUCCAAUUGGAAAUUUCAAGAAAGGCGGGAAAAUAUUCACUUCAUUGAAAUUCAAGCGGAAGUUGAAAUUCUUUUAUUUUCUAAUUUCAUUUUAACGCAUUUUUACUGGAAAGAAAAAGGUUUUGAAAUGCUUCAUAUUUAAAACCCAACCAACUUGCACCCUUAUAAAAGUUCCCGUGUUGCUAUCGAAACAAAAUAAACACGAAAUCCCCCAAAGAAAUGCAAGAGAAGCACCAAAAGCCUUUCAAGAUGGCGACAACCAGUAAACAAAAUCCGGAAGACGCAUUUUAUGAAAAUUUAACAUUGGGUUUGAUGAAAACACUGAGCAAUGUCCCACGAAUUACGAAUGUUAUUUGUGAGAAACGCCAACCUUGUGAAAAGGCUCAAGUGAUGAAUUGGGAGCAGAGACAUUGCGUUUAUUUGCCGGAGGAUAUGAAGAAAUUUUAUUUGUCAACAGAUGGAUUUAUAUUGCAUUGGAGUUAUCAGUAUGCACCAAACGAUAUAAGGCGUGUUGGAUGCAUUCAUUUCCCUCAUUUACUUCAAAUAACUUUGUUGCGUGAGAACAUUGAAAAUUUCCCAACGUCUGAUGCUGCGCAACAUCAAGUGACUUCAAAUUCAGUACAAAAUUCUGGACCAAUUAUUACACCAAAAACAAAAGUUUUCGAACUGAAUAAUGUAAAUGACGUAGCGAAAGUAUGCUUAGUCUAUGAGUCAUCUGGAGCAAGUAAUCCCAAAAUUUAUUUACUGGAGUUGUUAGCAUUUAAAUGGCAGUUUCUUGCUGAAACUUUCAGCGAAUAUUUACGAAUGGCAAUUGCCCAUUUGGGGCUUCCUUAUUGGGAGUUGUGCUUUUCCAGUUUUGGAUUACCUAGUUGGACCGAGCAAUUAUUCCUACUACUCGCUCCUCACUUGCUUGAAGAGAAUGAUCAACGGAGAGGGCGUGUAAUCCAGCCGAUUUCUGAGCAACAAUACAGUACUCUGGAUCCAAAUAUAUUCCGGGUUAAACCAAAAUGCCCGAAGCAGCAACAACGCGCAAAAUAAAAUUAUUAUUUUAAUAUGAAAAUUAAGGAAUAAAAGAAAAAAAAAUCAAAUUUUUAGUUUGUUUUAUGUUUGUUAAAUUUGUGUUAAAUUCCAAUAUAUGUAGGUAGUCGUAUUUGCACGUUAAUGGCAUGCUUUUGUAUUAAUUUACUACUUUUGCGUCAUCAUAUAUUUUCCAUGUAGUAAGCAAAUCAAUGUAUCAAUUUUAAGUUUGUACCAAAUUUUGAAAAUAAAAUUGAUUCAAAAAA